CGCCGCCAUCCCAGUCCGGCGCGUCCCCGCUGCGCGCGGCGAAACGUCGGCCGCUCCCGUUACCGAGGCAACCGCGGCACCGCCUCCGCGCCGGCCCUGAUCGUCUCUCCGCGCCAUUUUCAAACUGUCGUAGCGCCGGAGCCGGUGUCUGGGCGGAAGGAGCCAGCGAGGGAGGCGAGGCGCGAGGGGAGAUGCGACCGCAGGCGGAGGGAGCGGCGGCCGGGGCUGCGGGAUUUUAAUUUUUGGAAGUGAAUAAACCUAGUUUGGAACACAAGAUGACUACAGCUGCAGAAAGAAAGUAUCUUAAUAUUAGGAAAAGAUUGGAUCAGUUGGGAUACCGCCAGACUUUGACAGUGGACUGUUUACCUUUGGUGGAAAAACUUUUCAGUGAUCUAGUUCAUACAACAGAAAGUCUUCGGAAAUCAAAAUUAUCUGCUGUGAAAGCUGAAAAAGAGAGUGCCAAUUUUGAUUUUGUAUUGGAACCUUAUAAACUUGAAAAUGCAAGGUUGAGUAAAGAAAAUAAUGAAUUAUACCUGGAAUUAAUGAAACUGAGAGAACAAUCAGGUCAACAUAUUAAAGAGUUGAAAACCACGUUGAAAAAGUGCGCACGUGAAACAGCUGAUCUGAAAUUUCUAAACAAUCAAUAUGUUCAUAAACUCAAACUUAUGGAGAAAGAAAGCAAAGCUAAGAACGAAAAAAUUCAACAGCUUCAAGAAAAGAACUUGCAAGCUGUAGUUCAAACUCCAGGUGGCAAGAAAAGAAAUAUUGCUUUCAGGCGCCAGCGCAUGCAGAUUGAUGAACCAGUCCCUCCCUCUGAAAUCACUUCAUAUCCGGUUCCUCAGCCGGAUGACCCUUACAUCGCAGACCUCCUGCACGUGGCUGAUGACAGAAUUCAAGAACUUCAACAGGAAGUCUGCCAGUUACAAGAGAAGUUAGCAAUGAUGGAAAGUGGACUGAGAGAUUAUAACAAGCAGAUUGAACUUAGAGAACGAGAGAUAGAACGACUGUCGAUUGCAUUGGAUGGGGGUCGCUCCUCUGAUAUCCUUUCUCUGGAGACUAGAAAUAAAGCCAAUGAAAAGCUUAUUGCUCAUUUAAAUAUUCAGGUUGACUUUCUUCAGCAAGCUAAUAAAGACCUGGAAAAGCAUAUACAAGAGCUUAUGGAAACCAAGGAGACAGUAACAUCUGAAGUUGUUAAUUUAAGUAACAAAAAUGAAAAACUCUGCCAGGAAUUAACUGAAAUAGACCAGUUAGCACAGCAGUUGGAAAGACAUAAAGAAGAAGUGCUCAAGACUGCCGACAAAGAACUUGAGGAAGCAAAGAAAGAGAUUAAAAAAAACCUUUCUGAAAUGCGGAAUCUUGAAGAAACAAUGGGAAAACUUCAACUGGAAUUAAGCUUAUGUCAUAAAGAAAAGGAGAGGCUGAAUGAUGAACUCCUUAUAAAAUCAGACCUGGAAACUGUUGUUCAUCAGCUUGAACAAGAAAAGCAAAGACUUAACAAAAAAAUUGAAAGUUUUGCAGUUACAGAAAGAGAACUUACUGUGGAAAUUGAGAGGAUGAGACUAGAACACGGAAUAAAACGACGAGACAAGUCACCUUCUCGUUUAGAUACGUUUCUGAAAGGUAUAGAAGAUGAACGAGAUUUUUAUAAGAAAGAACUAGAAAAGCUCCAACAUAUAAUACAGCGAAGAUCUUGCUCUAGAAGUCAUUCUACAUGUGAAAAAAUUCCAGUAUUUAAAACACUAGAAAAGGGUGAUUGCGACUCAGAUAUCCAUCUCGUCACAAGAGAAAGAGACGAACUUCAGCGUAUGCUAGAAAGAUUUGAAAAGCACAUGGUGGAUAUACAGUCCAAUGUUAAAUUAUUGACAGCAGAAAGAGAUAAACUAAGUGUCUUAUAUAAUGAAGCUCAGGAAGAAUUAUCCACACUCAGACAAGACUCUACCCAAACUACAGUCUCCCAUAAUACUGUCAGUCUCAUAGAAAAGGAGAAGGACCUUGCGUUAUCUGACUUAAGAAGGAUUAUGGCAGAAAAGGAAGCUUUAAAAGACAAGUUAAAACAUCUCCAGGAAAUGAGUAUUUUUGGAAAAUCAGAAUUAGAAAAAACUAUUGAGCAUUUGACGUGUGUUAAUCACCAGCUUGAAAACGAAAAAUGUGAAUUAAAGUCUAAAAUAUUUAUAAUGAAAGAAACAAUGGAGUCUUUAGAGAAAAAAGCAAAAUUCCAAGCUCAAAAACUUAGCCAUGUGGCUGGUGACUCAUCUCAUCAGAAAACAGAGAUGAACUCCCUUAGGCUAGUAAAUGAGCAACUACAGCGGUCACUUGAGGAUUAUCAGCACCGACUUAACAUGAAAAGAAGUGAACUUGAAUCAGCCCAAGCACAGGUUAAAAUACUGGAGGAAAAAUUAGGUAAACUACACCUCAGGAUGACUUCGCAGAAUGAAGAGGCUCAUGUGAUGAAAAAGACCAUUGGUGUUAUUGAUAAAGAAAAAGAUAUCCUUCAGGAGACUGUGGAUGAGAAGACAGAAAAGAUUGCAAACUUACAUGAAAACCUAGCUAGUAAAGAAAAAACUAUUACUCAGAUGAAGAUAACAGUCUCAGAGUAUGAAUCUUCUCUGAACCAUCUAAAGGAAACAUUGAUUAAUCGGGACCGUGAGAUAAGCAGCCUCCGGCGCCAGCUUGAUGCGGCUCACAAAGAACUUGAUGAAGUAGGAAGAUCUAAAGAAAUGUCUUUUAAGGAAAACAGAAGAUUACAGGAUGAUCUGGCUACAAUGGCAAGAGAAAACCAGCAAAUUUCAUUGGAAUUAGAAUCAGCGGUGCAAGAAAAAGAAGAAAUGAAGAGCAGAGUUCAUAAUUACAUAACCGAAGUAUCACGAUGGGAGAGCUUAAUGGCUGCCAAGGAAAAAGAAAAUCAAGAUUUGUUAGAUAGAUUUCAGAUGCUUCAUAACCGCGCUGAAGACUGGGAAGUCAAAGCCCAUCAAGCUGAGGGAGAAAGCAGCUCAGUUCGACUGGAACUUCUUUCCAUAGACACAGAGAGGAGACACCUUCGAGAGAGAGUGGAGCUGCUGGAAAAGGAAAUCCAGGAGCACAUGAAUGCACAUCAUGCUUAUGAAUCUCAGAUCUCAUCAAUGGCAAAAGCUAUCUCUAGAUUAGAAGAAGAGCUGAGACACCAAGAAGAUGAGAAAGCAGCAGUGUUAAAUGAUUUGUCAUCUCUUAGAGAACUUUGUAUUAAGCUUGAUUCAGGCAAAGAUAUUAUGACCCAACAAUUGAAUUCCAAAAAUCUUGAAUUUGAGAGGGUUGCAAUGGAAUUAGAAAAUAUAAAAUCAGAGUCAGAGCUGUUAAAAAAACAACUGUCGAGUGAGAGACAUACAAUUAAAAACCUUGAAUCAUUGUUGGCGACAAAUAGAGAUAAAGAAUUUCAUUCCCAUUUAACUUCCCAUGAGAAGGAUACAGAAAUUCAGCUACUUAAAGAGAAGCUGACCCUUUCAGAAAGCAAACUAAAUAGUCAAGGCCGGGAAAACACCAUGCUCCGGGCUAAAAUGGCACAAUUACAAACAGAUCUUGAUGUUCUGAAAAGGCAGAUUUCAACUGAAAGAUAUGAACGAGAACGAGCAAUUCAAGAGAUGCGUCGGCAUGGUCUUCGCACGCCACCCCUUAGUUCUACUAUGAGGUCUCCUUUGCAUUCUCCUGAACAUAUAAACUGAUUAUCAGAAAGAAUGAUGGCUUUCCGUGAGUUGGAAAGGACAAACAGUAAUGAAAUAUUUGAAUUACUUGUUCCUGAAAAUCAUGAACAUUGACACAGAUCCUACCUCUGUCAACUUUUAUUUAAAUCACUGAAUAUUUUUGUAAAAAAUUUGGUUUAAAAGAGCUGUACUAUGUGUAAAUUUUUAUAUGUAUGACAGAACAGAAUAUAUAUUCAUAGUGCUAACUGAUGUUAUAUCUGUAUUUUUAUUAUUCCUGACUUAAAUUACUCCUCAAAGUGUGUUUAUACUGUGAAUUAAUUUAUUGUUCACAUUAUGUUUUAAUAAUCUUUUUCUUUGUGAGCCAUAAUAUGUGUGUGUAAAUAUUCUUACAGUACUUGUUUUUAAAGUGUAUUUGGUUUCUGUGUCUGUGUUUAUAACCAUAUUUUUAAUGCAUUCACAAAGGAUGAAUUCACAAAGCCUGCUUUGAUGCUAGGCUGUCAUUUUUAACUUUUUUCUUCUAAAUAUAAUAUUAAUUGUUUGCCAAUUUGCUGUCUGUCAUUGAGGGAAUUAUAUUCAGGUCUAUUCUUAUAAUAGCAGAGGUCUUGAUAAAAUAAUGGUUAUCAUAUAUAAUUUGCUAUUACCAACUAGAAGAACUAUGAUGGCAAAGAUACAUUCAUAUAUUACAUACAUAUUAUACUAUUUUGGCUAUCAGAUGGACUCUUCAUGUAAUACAAAUGCUAUCAAAAUUAAACUAAAUGCUAUAUUUAGAAUUUUAUAUAACAAUAGAACAGAAAUUUGGGAUAUUUUUCAGUAAAUAAAAUUC